AUUUGUGAAUACAAUGCGCGAGUAGCUGCAAAGCAUAACCGUCCAGAUUUAGAGCAAGCUUGGCACCUUGCCUCACUUAUUCUUUCCAACCGUAUAAGGAAUUAUGCGGAUGCAUGUUUACUCGAACUAAUUCCAACACUCUGGGUGAAGUCAAGAUCAUUAGAUAAAAAAAGAAAGAACGAUGUUGAUCAUGAGCCUUUCAGAGAAGAGAUUUGGGAUAUGCCAGAUGCCUUAAAUUGGGGACGUCACCCAUUAGGAAGCGAUCUCGCACGUGAUCUACUCCAGCAUUUCAUUAACUUGGGUGAUUUCCAGAUGGUUGCAAUGUUGUCAUGUGUUUUUCGAGAACCGUUUCACAUUGAACCAUAUCAGAUAAAUACCACGGGCUUGCCACUUUCAUUAGUCGGUGAUAACGCAGGAUAUUCCGCAGCAUAUUCGGAAAAGAUGUCUGGUUUUCAAACUAGCUCUAGUUAUCAAUCUAUGUCAACUACAUUCGGACAAAUGAACAGUGAAUCGUACAAUUCUUCUUGGGGUACACAUAUGCAUCAAUUGGACUCGGCUACAUCCACACCGUCAACAUACUACUUUGCGCAUUCCGAAGGUUCAGGUGCGCCAAUUACAGUUCCCUCUUCCGGUCAUUCCAUGCGCCAUCAAAGAAGAUCUACAUUUGGUGGUGGUAUGUCUAAGGAAACAGGUUUUUUAUCGUCGAGUCUUAGUACAGCUUCAUCACGUAGUCCCGUCAUUGGAGGCCGAUUUGAUUAUUAUAAUUGGUCAUAUUACGAUAAUGAAAGAAAUGCGGAAAAUGAAAAAAGGCCCGAAAAGAAUUCGGACAUCAUUAUAACCACAAAUUUUGAUGAAUUUGAUGAUGAGAGAAAGUUG